AUGAAUGCAGAAAUCUCUAACUUCGAACCAAAUUCUGACAUCAUCUUCAAAGCCUAUGGAUCAAAUGCACCUCUACAAGCAAUGGGGUAUUUCUCAGCGACCCUUAACAUCUGUAAGGUUAGCUCUCAUGAAAAAUUUUAUAUAAUAAAAGGGGGUAAAAUAUCACUCAUCGGGAAGGAAACUGUAAUAAAAUUAGGUCUUUUGAAACUUAAUUUAGCUAUUAACAGCAUAACCAAUGAUGGCAAACUAACAAAAUUAGCAGCAAUAAAGGGUAUAGAAGUCGAUAUACCAAUAGACAAAAAAAUCCAGCCAGUAAGUCAACCACUCAGACGCACACCAAUCCCCCUCGAAGAAGCAGUGGAUAAAAAGCUAGACGCACUAUUGGAAAGUGAUGUAAUUGAACCUGUCAAAAAUCACACGGGCUGGGUAUCCCCCAUGGUCAUCAUCUGUUAA